UUAAUUUAAAACCUGAUCGAAAAUUAUCCUUAAAAACCUCCUCUGUUUAGGAAACAUUUUACUCACUUUAGCGCCACACAGUGGACAUUUCACCUCGGAACUGCCACGUUACUGCACGUUUUGCAAAUGUUUUACCGGGGUCACAUAAUUUUUUACACAAAAAUGCACCAUAAAUGUACCAUGAGUAUACCUUACGACUUAUGCACUAUAUUCCAAGUCUUCUAGAAAAGUAUACUCCAGUACAGAGAUGAUCAGAAGGAAAUGUGCAUUCUUUUUGGUUACAUUUUCAUUUUGGGAGGAAGCAAAUGCCAUUGCACCAUUUGAAUAUCCAUUUUUAUAAGACUGACCAUUGUUUUGGAACAAAUAUAAAGGUGUGAUUGCUCCCCUUGUAGUGGACUACCUGCAGUGCAAUGCUGACAUCAUUACAGGUGUGCAGCAGAUGGAUGUGGUUUCAUCAGAGGUCAUCUUCACCAUUCAGCAUCUGGUUACCAUGUCCCUGGAGGCCACAUGGUUCAAACGGUAUCAGGACACAUUUACUCCUUGUAUCACUUCAUCGGAAUUGAACAUGAGAGGAGCCUUACUGAAGGACAAAAUAAAGAAUAAUGUUUGGCAGAUUUUCAGCGGCUUCAUUCGCAGUGUGAGGAAGUUUCUGGCUGCCGUGGAGGACCGUCAGUUCAGAGCCGAGUUUGAGUUUUAUUUGACAAAGAGUUAUGAACAUUUCUCAGAACCUUGUGUUGCCAGCGCCAAAGCCCAGCAGACCUUUGAUUCCACCAGUGAUGGAGAAACAUUUAAACCUAAGAUACGGAGCAUUAUCAACAAAAGCAUUAUAGUGAACUUCUUAGGCAAUGAUCUAUCCUUCUACCUGGAGUGUGAGAGGUUAGGGAUUGCCCACCAGAGGGCGAUCUAUACUAAAUAAUACAAUUGAACGCCAGGAAAGCGACUCUGCACUUUAACCCUUGAGCAUCAAUAAAACAAUUUACUCAGAGGUCUUUAGAGGACAAAAAUGCCUACGUCAAAAAAAAACCUGCCAUAAUAAUAUUAUAUAUUAAUGUUAUUUUCCACUUUCAGUUAGUAAUUAUUUUUAACCAACAUCAGUCCUGAUCAUAACUAAAUAUUCCAAAUAUUCAUUCAUUUUCAAGAUUUUAACCCUUUAAAUGCCUGUUUGUUUACAUAAUGCCACUGUUGUUUUUUUAUGAAGAAAAAAAACAAAAAAAUCAAAUAUUUUCCAGAUACAAAAUGCUAAGGGGAAUUUUGUUUUUCUGGGAUUAUCACAGUCUGUGAUUAACAUUCAUUUUUGAUGCAUUAUUAUUUUUUGUGCAGUGACAAAAAUGUCCAUGUCCAAAAACUGCCAUAAAAAUAUUAUUUAUUAAUUUAUUUUUUUCCACUUUCAUUGACUUUUUAACGAACAUCAGUACUGAUCAUAACUGCCAAAUAUUCAUUAAUGUUCAGGAUUUUAACCCUUUAAAUGCUGGUUUGUUUACAUACGGACACACACACACACACACACAUUUCUCAAUACACACAUACAAAACACACUCUGACGUCCAUACCAGCACAUCCACUACAUUUUAGCUCCAUCAUUUAUUCAGUUUAUUCAGAAAAUAGGAAAAAAGCAUGUAUUUGCUCCAUUGGCUAAACAUGAGAAAAAUUGUGCCACCUGGUGGAAAAUAUUAAACAUUUAAAUUUUUAAUGAAAGGAAUGAAAGCAUAAUAUCAGUGUAUUAUAGAUGUAUUAUAGGAACUGAGGUUGAAAUAUCAAAAUUCCCCCAACAAUACACACCUUUGGCAAAAUUUAUGCCAUUGGCAUUAACACAGCCAAAAUCAUCGAAAAAACAAAAAAGAAAAGACAAAAAUGUCCCUAAGCUCACACAAGGGUUAAAUAAUUUUUGUAUCUACUAUUUGUGUUUAGAUAGAGGAGACACUAUCUAUGUUUAUGCCAGUAUUUUGGGCAGUUUAUUGCUUUGCUGACCAUACUGUAAUAAUUUCUAUUUAGGUUCAGAUAUAUGGCGGACGCUGGUGUUAUAAUGGCAUCAGCUGGCAUGUAUGGUGAGACUGAUUAUGCCAUGCUCCACCAUAAAGCUGAGUUGAUCAUCAACAUUUUUCUCCAAUCAGACACCUCUCAUAAACUCAGGGUAUGCCAACUAGCAUAUGAAAUUACUUUCCUUUUCAGCUGACGUCAUUAAGCUUUUACUUUUUAACCAUCUCAUUGUCAUUUGUCUCAACUCAAACAUGCCUUUCUACUGUAUGUAAUUAUAGACUGCACCCUUUUCACAAAACUCUAUUACUGUGCUAUUACUGCCCAUGGAAAGCAGGUGGUAACCAGCAUUUUAUUUAAAAGAGAUUUUGUGUUUAUAUGAAGUCAUUUUCUUACAUGUUGGUUUAUAACUGUGAUAUUAACUAUUAUAUCAGAUAACUCGACUCUAAAUGGCAUGUCAAAACAAAAUGAAUUGCGAUUACUUGGUUGACAUGCCAGUCAGUCUCUUCUUGUCUAAGUGGGCGAUUAUUUGCCAGAAUGAGCUUCAGACUUUAUGGCGGUAAUCAAAAGUCUGGCUACACAAGAUAACGAAGGAAAGAGGAUCUUGAAUAUAAUGGUUUAAAUAUUUGUUAUUAUUAAGAUUUA